UUCUCCAUGUACUGUAUGUAUAUGUUUAGCUUUGGGGAACAUAUCAUCCCUUCUGAUGUAAUAAUAAGGUCUUCCAAGCAAGCUCUAUGUACUAAAGUCCAGAAAACAGAUCCCUGGGACUUUGCGUUGAAAAUGGAGGAGAUACUGUCACUUGUGAAACAAAUGCAGAAUGUGGGGAAUUUAGAGCCAAGAAUUGAAGACUUAGUAAAAAGGAUCAAUAAACUGCAGCAAGCCAAGAAGAUACUGAGUGAGGAGCUUUCUGAGGCAAAGGAGCAUAGCAAGUCAUUGCAGAGGGAGCUCGAAAAAUUGAAUGCCGAGAAGUCAUCCCUUGAGGAAAUAUGGAAUGAAAAGAGAGAGACUCGUAAACUUAUGCAGUUUCACUGUGAAGAGACAGAAGCCAAAAUGCAAAGGCAACAGAAGCUGAACUUAGAGUGUAAGCAGCGAAUUGAGGCAGUCACAGCCAAGAUCCAUGCAGAGAAACUGAAGCAAAGUGAGCAGAGAAUGGAAUUUGAGCAGCUACUUGAUGAGUUAAUGGAGAAGCACAAGAGUCUUUGGGAGCUUUAUUCCAGGGAGAAGCCAGUGGCUGACAUGAAAGAGAGUAAGGAGCGUUUGCUGAAGGAAGAGAAACUGCUCCAGGAGAAACUGGACAAUAUUCAGGAAGAACUGGAUUUUCUGACCCAGUCUACCUUAAGUGAGGAAAGGAAGUUCUUGAAGAGCCAGGAGGCUGCAGCUACCCUGGAGCUCUUUGAAGAAGAAAACAAGAAAGCAAAAGAGUAUCUGGAAAUAACCACUAAAUGCAGUUCGAGUUUGCAGCAGAAAUGUAGUAGAUUAAAAGCAGAGAUGAAGGACAUGGAGGUGGACAGUGACAGCACUGAGGAGAUUUAACAUGGUUUGCUGAGUGCUAGAACAGAGUAUGGAAUAAAGGUGUUAUUGGACUACAACUCCCAUCAUUCUAAGAAAGCAUACCCAAGGAUGCAUGAUGAAGGGAGCUGCAUUCCAACAUUACCUGGAAGGACAAUGCAUUCACCAUUCCUGCUGUACAUACACCAAAUAUCAAGAUGAGAAGACCAAAUCUGGCAUUCUAAGGAUGACAAAGUGAGAGAAGAGAUUAACAGAACAAGAUUAAAAACCUGGGCAAAAUAAAUCUGUGGUUUCAAAGUUGAUUGUGUGGAUAUGCUAGUGAUUGUGAAGCUGCCACGAAAUGGUGGGAUGUAGGAUGUUUGUGCUUAUAUUGUUAUUGAUCAGGGGUAAAGCAACAACCAGAUGGUUUUGGACUGUAACUCCUAUAAUCCCUCACCAUUAGCUAUAAUGACUAGGACUCUAGGGAGUUCUGCACAAAAAUAAGAAUAAAAUUAAAUUAAAAACCAGCUCUUGAAAGUUGUUCACCUCCAAUUAGAGAGAAGCAAAGUGCCAGAUUAAAAAUAUGAGUUUCUUUGGGGGGGGGGGCGGUUUGACAGAAUGGUGCAGCUCUUGGGUUAGGAUUGGUUUAAAUAACAUUGCUGAUUCCCCCAUUGAAGAAAAGAAAUCUUAUGGGGAUUCCAGAACUAACUUUUUAAUUUAUUUUUUC